AGCACUCAGAAUGGGUGUGAGGGCAGCGGAAGUGUGGGUGUGGAGACACCGGAGACAGACAUGAGAAGAGCACAUAGACAAAAACAAGAGAAAGACUGAGAGAGGACAAGACAGAGACAAAGAGAAAGGGGGAGGAAGAGUGAGAGAGAGACUGAGAGAAAGAGAGAGACAGCGAGUGAGAGAAAGAGAGAGGGGACGAGAGAGAAAAAGAGAAAGAAAGAGAGAGCAAGAGAGAUAGAGAAAGACUGCUCAGUGCUAUAGGUCAGGAUGGCGGAGGAAUGUGUGGUUCCAAGGUCUCGGGGCCGUGUGCCGGCGGCGUGUGCGGUGGUCUUGAGUGGUCUGGCGUUGGUGGCGGUUUGGCUGCUGGACUCCAGGCUCAUGAGAGAGACAUCAGGAAUUGUCAUAUUCUCUUUGAGCCUAGGGGCGAUACUGCACAGCCUUUGCCUGCUUACUGAAGAGUGGCUGUUUCAUUCACAACAGAGGUAUAGUGGCAGCAUCCAGCAGAUGCUCUGGGCCUGUUUCAGCAGUGCUACUCUAGUAGGAGUGUGUGUGGUCAUUUGGAUGCUCCUGGUGGAAAGUUUUCAAUGGACACAUGAGAAGUGUGUCUUAUGUGUCUUAACCAGCGCUUUCUUCCUGCUACUGAAGACCCUCGGAGUUCUGGGCCCUGCACCAGUGGAGAUCUCAGAGGUGUGUGAGAGCAGGAAGCUGAAUGUAGCUCAUGGCUUAGCCUGGUCCUUUUACAUAGGUUAUCUGAAGCUAGUGAUACCAGCGUUGGAGGAACAGGUGAGGAAACACUAUAACCAGACCGGAGAGAUUCUCCAUUCUUCCCGGCUACACAUCCUCCUGCCUCUGAGUGCAGUGGCCCCCACCAAGAUGGAGGAAGAGGACCAUAACGUACGUUUCCACCAGAACCUCCCGGAGAUGCAGCUCGACCGGGCUGGCGUCAGGGGCAGAGUCUACAAACACAGCAUCUACAAAAUCACUGACCACAAACAAGAGCCGUAUUUCUGUGUGGUGGAGUACGCCACUCCUCUGCUCACUCUCUAUCAGAUGUCUCAGGACAGAACUGCGGGGUUCAGCAAGCAGGACAGGAGACAGCAAGUCCUGCUCUUUUACAGGACUCUCAGCCACAUCCUGGAAUGUUCUCUAGAGUGUCGCAACCGCUACCGCCUUAUCCUGCUCGACGACCAGCGAGCUGAUGGUGACCCUCACUAUCUGUCCACGGAGAUCAUCAAGCACUUGCAGCAGCAGGAGCAUGAGAUCCCCAUGGACCUGCCGGAGGAACUGCCCCAGCCCGUGCGAGAACAGGGUGUGAUCACAGCUCCGCUUCUUCUCCACCAGCAGGAAGAGCCACUCAGCUCUCUGCCCAGCCUGAUGAUUAGUGCACCACAUUCACUGAGGUCAGAACCUGUGGAGAAUACAGACUACACCCAAAACCACUACCACCACAACAGACACUGAUAAACUGACUCUCCAUGCACUACCUCCUGUACAUAGCAUCUUUAUAGUGUGUUUAGUGAUAUGUAAACUAAUCUCUACACACCGCACACACUGCCUUAAUAAACCUUAAUAAACAUAUAAAAACAUCAUAAAAUUUAUUUUACUCAUCAUGAAUUCAUGACGAUUAGGCUUUAUGUAUUUCCAUUAGGGUUAACAGAACACGUUUCACUUAAAUGUGUUAAAGUCAAAUUUGAAUUUGAAUUAUGAUAGUAUUUAUGCAUUAGAAGGCAGUUUUUUUUUAUAUGAAUGUAUAAGAUCUUUAUCUUUAUUAAACAAAUAAAAUACAUAAUUUAUGGUACAUUUUGUUUUCACAUAUUUCUGUAUAAAUUUUUUUUUUUACUGUUUAUAUAGAACGUUGUAUUAGUUCUACAUCUCGAUUACGUUUUACUCUCUGUAGUAAG